AUGGCAACUGGCAGCCCCUUCAGCACACGCAAAGUGUGCGGUUACUUUUACAAACUCGUCCUAGACGAUCAGGAUGUGCCGAAGGAGCACGUUUUCUGUCGGUGCAACGUUGUACACACGCAAGUACCCAAGACUGACUGCAGUAACCACUUCAGCCACGUCCUCGAGCGCCACCCGGACUUCAUGGAGAUCAUGGUGGCCAGCGAAACCAACAACACAACCCUCGUCAGCUUCAUCGACCAAAAGUUACAGACUAUCCUCUGCCGGUUGAAGCGGAUUACUGGCAGCAAUCCGCCGUAUUCGUAG